AACCCACCUCCAGUGAUGAUCAGGGCACCUUAUCUCUCCAGCCCCCUGCAGACCCAGCAGCCACUGAGCAUACAGUACAGGCUCCCCGCUUCCCUCCCUCCCUUCCCCUCCUCCUGGGGAGAACCUGUGCCUGUGGCUGUGUGUGUAGGAGUGGCUUUGGCAGCACCCUCCUGCCUUCCUGCUGUUUCCCGGUGUCGUAGUCGGCGGCGGCGGCGGCAGCAGCCUGGUGUGGCUGUGCGGGCAGUGGAAGCUUCACAGUGCCCCCAGCGGGAGAGAUUCACAGUCACAAUGGACACUGUAUCAGCAUGGGCUCCAGGUGUUGGUUUCACACUCCUGCCUCAUGUAGGAGGGAUGUUAGGAGGCUUGAUAACAGAUAGAGAAAUCCAUGGAUGGUAUGAGUACCUAGAGAAGCCAUCCUGGUGUCCACCUAAUUGGAUGUUCGCUCCAGUCUGGGGAACUCUCUACACAUCGAUGGGGUAUGGUUCUUAUCUGGUGUGGAAAGAGUUGGGAGGAUUCAACAAAAAGUCAAUGGUUCCACUUGGACUAUAUGCAGGGCAGCUGGCAUUAAACUGGUCAUGGACUCCUAUCUUUUUUGGAGCUCACAAAACAGGAUGGGGUUUGGUGGCUCUGCUACUCACUACAGGUGCUGCAACAGCCACAACCAGCUCCUGGUACCAUGUGAACAAAACAUCAGCCUACUUAAUGUUCCCUUACCUAGCUUGGUUAACUUUGGCAUCUGUACUCAAUUAUCGCAUCUGGAAAGACAAUCCAAACAAGAAGAAACCUUAAUACAAAACCUUUUGACAAAGUAUGAGAACAAAGGAAGUUUUAAGCCUUUCUUAAAUAAAAUUUAAUUUGUUUUACUGUU